CAAUGUUAUCUUGUGGUUGUGAACGGUCUUAUUCCUCUUAUUAUUGGUAUUAUUUAUUGCAGCAUUAAGCUUUCUCAUCAUGGUGGACCAGCUGACCCUCACAAAGGAGAAUACAGAGCGCAUCCUGGAGGUGGAGGCCCUCUUUGGCGUUUCGGGGAAGCCCCUGGCCAAGCCGGGCCGGGUCCUGGUGGGGGAGGGGCAGCUGCUGAAGCUUUGCAGGCGUAGCCCACAGCUGAAGGUCUUCUUCCUCUUCGACGACAUCCUGGUGUACGGCAGUGUGGUGCUGUUGGGCCGCUGGUACGCCAACCAGCAGGUGGUGCCGCUGGAGGAACUGGCGCUGGAGGACACGGCGGACGGACCAGGCAUGAGGAACUGCUGGCUCGUCCGCACGCCGCGCAAGUCCUUCUACGUGUCGGCCACCUCGGCCCAGGAGAAGCGGGCCUGGAUGGAGCACAUCUGGGAGUGCCGGGCCAAACGUCUGGAGCUUGUGGGCCGCCCUCCCAGGGCCGGCUUCGCCGCCGUCUGGGUCCCGCUCCGGACCGUCGCCGUCUGCAUGCGCUGCCGCGGCCGGUUCGGCAUGGCGCAGCGGCGCCACCACUGCCGACAGUGCGGCUUUGUGGUUUGCGGGCCCUGCUCCAGGGGGAGGGCCAUCAUCCUCAACAUAUCGUCCAGGCCCGUCCGGGUCUGCCUGCCCUGCUACUACAGCCUGCAGGGCCAGGCCGCACAGAUGGCCCGGAACCAGGGGCUCGGCGCCGGGGGGAGCGGGUCCGAUGAGGACGAGGCGGCCAUGCCGGUGCACGAGGCGUCCAGCGACGAGGAGCGUGAAGACGAGUGCGAGGAAGACCCCAUUCCUAGCCAGUGGGUCAGUUAUGCCCGAAGACUCAGCAGUACCUGUGAAGGACAGUGA